UUGCCGUGUUCUACUUCUCUUGCUUGAUGCAAUGAAUCCCAGUUUCUUCCUAUCUUCAUUUCAUUUGGGUGUUCGAUGUUUAAUAUAAUUAAGAACUCGAGCUUGUAGAAAGCGGCUUCCAGCUUUUUGUUCUUCUUUUUCUCAGCAGUUCGCUUUCCAGCGUCAAAUUUGCUCUGCAUUUUGCUAAGUUUUAUGCUCCUCGAACUUCACUGCAAAUUUGUAUUUCUAUUUUUGGAAACCAUUUUCUUGAUGGAUUCAGAUUUGUAGUAGUUAUCGGACUUUGAGCGUUUGGGUUUGGUCGGCGCCACUCUGCUGUGUGUUCAAUUCUUGACUUGGGUUUUCUGGGUUGGAGGAUGUUUGCAGGGGUUGGGCUUUUUCAAUAAGAAGACAUAGAGGUGGGUUUUGCAUCAAUGGGUUGGAAGAGAUCCUCGAGGAAUGACAAUUUGAGGAUCUGCGUGCAAGUUUUAGUCGGAUUCGUUAUCUGUUCAGCUCAUGUUCUUGUCGGAAUUACGAAUCCUGGGGAUGUUGCUGCUAUUAGUAGCUUACAUACUGCACUGGGACUCCCCAGUCUUCCUGGAUGGGGCAUUGGGCAAGAUCCGUGCGGUGACGCAUGGCAAGGUGUUGUAUGUAAUGAUUCAAGCAUCAUUAAAAUAAUUGUUAAUGCUGCUAAUUUGGGAGGUGAACUGGGUGACGACUUGGGAUUGUUUGCUUCGAUCCAAACAAUUGAUUUAAGCAACAAUCAUAUAGGGGGAAGUAUUCCAUCCAGUUUACCCAUUACCAUGCAGAACUUUUUUCUUUCAGCUAACGCGUUCACUGGAACUAUUCCGAGUUCAUUAUCGUCUUUGAUUCAUCUGACAGCAAUGUCGUUGAAUGAUAACAAAUUAAGUGGACAAAUACCAGAUUCCUUUCAAGCCAUUUCUCAAUUGGUGAAUUUGGACUUAUCCAAUAACAACUUGAGUGGGCCACUGCCUCCAUCUGCUAGCAACUUAUUGGCACUGACCACCCUGAAUUUGCAGAACAAUCAGCUGUCGGGAACCCUCGAUGUUCUGCAAGACCUUCCACUAAGAAACUUGAAUAUAGAGAACAACCUUUUCUCUGGACCCAUACCUGAGAAGGUGCUGAGUAUCCCUAAUUUUAGAAAGGAUGGAAAUCCAUUUAAUUCUUCUGUUACUCCGGCGCCAACUCCUUCUGUAUCUCCCCCAUUAAAGCCAGCACCAGCACCACGAGUUUCAGGAGCACCGCCCGUUUCAGGUGCACCGCCAGUUUCUGGAGCUCCGCCGUCCUCUAAACGAAACCCAAAGAAACAGGCUGAUGGACCAUCAGCACCAGAGGAAUCCAGUUCUGGAAGAAACAAGAAAAACACUAAAAGGGUUGUUUUGAUAACAAUUGCAGUAAUUUUGUCAUUCAUAAUUUUGGUUUUGGCAUGUGUGCUGUUUAUGCCGAGGUGCAGAAGGAGAAGAGUUGAUAGUAGUUCCAAGCAACAUCAGAUAGGUGCUUAUAGGGGCGAGAGAGAGAAUGCUGGAAAUCACGGAUCCAUGCACCAUUCAAUUGAUCAGAUACCAAAUGUUCCAAAAGCAGCAGUUGUGAGGCCAAAGCAGGAACCUCAACCAGUGGCUCAGAAGGUCCCAAAAGCUCAUGAAGAAACACAGAAAAAUAUGCCAAGAAUCAGCGCUGUUCCAAAGAAGGAUCAUCAUGAAGUAGAUAUGAACACACUCGAUGUCUAUCUAAGGCCUCCCCCUCCCCCACCACCACCACCACCACCACCUCCUGUUGAAGUGGUCUCUGCCGUGCCCAUUGUUCCAGCUGAAGUUCCUCCCUUGAAGCCUCCCACUAAACAUAAAAUUACCUCAACUUUUGCAAAAUCUUUUACCAUUGCUUCCCUUCAGCAAUAUACAAACAGCUUUUCGCAAGAGAAUCUUCUGGGAGAAGGAAUGCUUGGGAGUGUAUAUAGAGCACAGCUUCCCAGUGGGAAGUUACUGGCCGUCAAGAAACUGGAUAAGAGAGCAUUCAGUCAGCAAAAGGACGAUGAAUUUCUGGAGUUAGUGAAUAAUAUCGAUAGAAUUCGGCACGCUAAUGUGGUUGAGCUCAGUGGUUACUGUGCAGAGCAUGGUGAAAGGCUUCUUAUCUUCGAGUAUUGCAGUGGUGGAACAUUGCAGGAUGCCCUGCACUUAGAUGAAGAGUUCAGAAAGAAACUUUCAUGGAAUGCUCGCAUUAGAAUUGCUCUUGGCGCUGCAAGAGCCUUGGAGUAUCUACACGAGGUCUGUCAGCCGCCUGUAGUUCAUAGGAAUUUCAAGUCUGCAAAUGUCCUGCUUGAUGAUGAUCUUUCCGUGCGCAUUUCAGAUUGUGGUCUGGCUCCAUUGAUAUCGAAAGGAGCGGUUAGUCGGCUAUCUGGUCAGCUUCUAACGAAAUACGGUUACGGAGCACCAGAAUUUGAAUCAGGAGUUUAUACACUUGAGAGCGACGUUUACAGCUUCGGUGUGGUUAUGCUGGAACUUCUAACUGGUCGGAUGUCUUAUGACAGAACGAGGUCCCGAGGUGAGCAGUUUCUAGUCAGAUGGGCGAUUCCUCAGCUUCACGACAUAGAGGCAUUGACAAGCAUGGUCGAUCCUUCACUCAACGGUCGAUACCCUGCCAAGUCGUUAUCGUACUUUGUCGAUAUCAUAUCAAAAUGUGUUCAGUCGGAACCUGAAUUCCGGCCACCAAUGUCGACGGUUGUUCAGGACUUGCUCAACAUGAUAAGGAGAGAACCUCAUGGCAGCGGUUCAAGUGAAGAUUGAUAUAGUUUUUAACUCAAGCUAGCCAAGAACUCGGAGCAAAUUCCCAUGGUAGCAUGCUCGAGUUUCGCCGACCGAUCGCUCGAGCCAUUCAUCGUCUUCCUUCGGGUUUGUCUAAUAGAACACUUAUGUAGCAACAGAGCUCCAAUUCUUGUGGUGAAUCAUUUGUAAUCAUUCCAUUGUUUAUUAAACUAGAUAGCAAUGUGUAUUCUGAAGAAAUAUAUGCUAACCCGUUGUUGGCUGCAUUUCCAUUAUGCUUAUCAGAUGGGUUUUGGUGA